CCGAAUUGAAUCACAUUUUCACGAUUUGCUUUAAAGACCCGUUUUUUAAAGAUCUUGGUUUUUCAAUCGAAAAACCAUUUUCACUAAAAAAUUUCCUUGACCUGUCCAAAUGAAAAAGCACGUUGUCAAACCUACAGAAAACAAUUUUUCAAGGUUUUAAGCGAGAUUUUGAGCGAGUCUUCUGCGUCUAAAACUUAAAAAAAGAGGGAAAAACCGCUAACAUUCUUACACAAUUUAUAAAAGAAAAACAAGUGUUUUUCUUUCUGUUCUGUUUUUUCACACAUGUUAUUAGCAAUUUGUGAUAAAGGUGACAAUAAAGCAGUUUCACAGAGCCAUGAUUCGUAAAAAUAUUUGCUGUGUUUUUAAUGGAAAUGAUAACUGGUAAAAAAGUGUUGAAAACACAAUUUCUUCGAACAUCGAGCAUAAGUAAUAAAAACAGACUCAUCGCAGUCUUUUUCUUCACACUGUAUAUGAGUUUCUGAACUUGCAAAGCAAACUUGAUUAACGCUGACAAAUGGAGAAGGAUCUUCACGCAUUAAGCCACUGGAGAACCAAGCGUAUUUAAUCAUUGGCGUGAAUACAUCUGCACUCAAUUGAUUGUGCAUUAGACUGGCUAAACGUAUGAUGUUAUUUCGUUCGUGUAAGUGUAUAUCUAGUUCAUCCAACGCUACACGAUGAUAACAUGCUUUGAGAAAACUUUUAAUUUGUCUGUUGAAAUAACAAUCCACUGGCUGUAGCUCGUCAGUUGUAUUUUGUGGUAUUUGUAAACGUGUGACCUUUUUAACACAGCAAAUAUUUUUACGAAUCAUGGCUCUGUGGAACUGCUUUAUUGUCACCUUUAUCACAAAUUGCUAAUAACAUGUGUGAAAAAACAGAACAGAAAGAAAAACACUUGUUUUUCUUUUAUAAAUUGUGUAAGAAUGUUAGCGGUUUUUCCCUAUUUUUUAAGUUUUAGACGCAGAAGACUCGCUCAAAAUCUCGCUUAAAACCUUGAAAAAUUGUUUUCUGUAGGUUUGACAACGUGCUCUUUCAUUUGGACAGGUCAAGGAAAUUUUUUAGUGAAAAUGGUUUUUCGAUUGAAAAACCAAGAUCUUUAAAAAACGGGUCUUUAAAUCGAAAGCGGGCAAAAACCAUUGUGAUAUUCGGAAUCAGCACGUUCGAUUACCUGUUGUCAACUGAGUUUAAGCUCAAAAGCGAGGAGGCAGUUGGUGGCCUUCCCUCGUAAGAGACGUUUGUUUUCAUCUACAUUCAGAACACUGAGUUCGCCGAACCUAUCCUCUCUUACCUUUCCUACGCUUCAACGUUUCUGCAGACUUUUACUUCUUCACUUUUCCAGUAUUUCAACAGAACACAACCAAAACUAUCAAAUGCAGGCGAAGACUGACGGCCUCUAAGUCUCCCAGCUCCAAAAGACUGCCCAGCGAGAUUUCACAUUAUCAUCCAAACAAAUACCCGGACAUAGCCAAAGCACUAAUAUUUUCAGAAAAAACCUCCCAUAGAGCUGGUCAAGUUGUACUUGGAACAGCAAUAUGAAUGUUGAAACAGCUUACUAAGCGAAUCCCGCUCACUAUCGACUCAGUAGGCCAAACAGGAUCCCAAGGUUCGACCGACAGGUGAGCAUACCCGCUCUAAUAUCAACAGCUUGAGAAGCUAUCUUGUAGAGCUCGUCGAGAUGUAAUUAGAAUUACAGUUGGAGCGUUGUAACACUUUAUGAAGCGAGUGUCUCUCACUAUGGAUUCUGGAGGCCAAACAGGAUUCCAGGAUUUCACCGACAGGUCAGCAUACUUGCCGUAAAAGAACGUAGAAUGAUUCUAUGUUCUUUAUAGUUUCAUUUUUUCACAAUAAAACGGUGGAUGAAUAUUUUCUGAGUAUUCACUUGAGUAACUGACUACUCACUGAGCAAAAAUACUCAAAAAUUGUUAGUAGAACCCAAAUGAGUACUCAUGGACGAAUUAUGAGUAAAGUCGUACUCAGAGUAUUAGUACUUUCACUAGGGUUUACAUGCAUCCUCUAACAAAAUAUGCAUUAGAUCAUAGACAGUUGUUUAUCAAGUAAUGAUCGCCUAUCAAUACCAUAUCGUUUUGAUAAAUCACUGAAUGUAUGCUGGUAACAUUCAUUGCCUUCUAAUAGAGCACAUCUCCUUUCCAUUCUCGAUGAAUAGUGUAUGCUCUUAAUAUAAAUAGAUAAGUUAUAUUACACGUAUAGUAUUAAAGCAAAUCUGCAGAAAGUGGAAGAACGAAGUAAAAAAGAGAAUAUUUAGCUGACUCAAGUCAAGAAAAAAUAUUUUGUAGAUGAUUUUAGCACACCACAGGAAAUUGAGUGACAUCUAUAAGAUUUUGAUUGCUUGAAAUAUCUUAUUUAUUUCUGUAUAGGCAUCGUAUAAGUUAACGAAUCAGAGUUUUUCUCAUUUUUUCUCGAAACAUUAUGAUUACAUUCAUUAUGGUUAUUAGUAUUUUUGACAGGAAGAAUUGACAAGUAAUAGAAUCCAAGCUGCAAAGUAUCAGUUAUUGAUUUCCUCUGCGAAAACGUAGUGGAAUGAAUACUAAGUAACUCGAAAUAUUUACUUUCUUUUGUUUCGAAGAUCCUCUACUCUUUAUUUUAUAAUUACUCUCUCUUUCUUAGCUCCAUAACGGAUAAAAUAGUUAACUAAUGAUCUUCAGAAACAUUCUUCUAUCGUACACUCUUUGUUGAUUUUCAAAUAACUUUAUCGGAUGAAAAUAUAAAACCUAAACAAGAAUCAAAUGGAAUGUUAUUUUCUGUUUUCUAUUUUUAUGAGCUGUUUGAAUAACUAACAUAUUUCAUCAAUCUACCAUCGUACUUGUGAUCAUAAAAAUGAAAAAGAGGAAAGAACAUUCUAUUCGAUUCUUGUUUAAGUUUUAUAUUUUCAUCCGAUAAAGUUAUUUAAAAACCAACGAAGAGUGUAAAAAAGACGAAUGUUCUGAAAAUCAUUAGUUAAAUAUUAGAUGAAUAGGAGCAAAUUCGGAAAGACGUAGGGUGCAUUUUUACAAUCUCAUUCUUGUCUUGUUUUUAGAUGGUUUAUACGUAAAAAAGAUGUUUGUUGGAAAUGAAAUCUCUCUGACAAAUCAGUUACACGAGCCUCUUGUUUUACAUAUAAUUGUUAUUGGUUUUCACCAUAAACGAGGCUACCAAGUUGAAUACACGUAUCCUCAAUUUCCUUCCAACACUGAAUUACCGAAAGCAUGGGUAAAUUUACCAUCAUUAACAUUACCAGACGGAGCACACAAUCGAGACAAAGUUUACUUCCAUUUACCAUCAUUGACCGAUGCAAAAAAAACUGUUUUCGGUGUUGCAUGUUAUCGCCAAAUCAAUGCUAAGAAUAUUCAAAAUAAAGAUGCAGAUGUCACGAGAAAUUCUAUUCAGAAAAGUGUUUGUGUUCUAUUAACGAAACCUUAUUAUGGUUUAGUAUCAUCAAAAUUAGAAAUAGUUACACAUGCCUAUUUCAACGAAAAUGAUUUUACAAAAACGUCGAUAUUAGAAACAGUUUACGAAACAUUGAAUGAAACAGUACUUUUACAAGAUGAACAAGCACCACUCAUUGGCUUAUCUGUUCGAGAUCUUGUAAUUCAUUAUCGUCGAAAAAUUCUGCUUCUAUUCAAAUUACUUUUGUUACAGAAAAAAGUCUUAUUUUUGAUGACACCAGUUGAAACUCUCGUUAAAACAAUGAUCAGUUUAGUCUCAUUAAUGCCAGAUUUGGUUGAAAACAAUUUAGAUGAAUGUACAUAUAUCGAUUCUAGUCUACUUCCACAACUUAGACCAAUAAUUAGUAAUACGGAUUCAGAUGAUGUUGUUUUUGAAACUGAACAAACAAUAACGGAAGAAAAAAAUAAUCAACCCCUAUCUGCUACGAAACAAAAUGAUAAAUUGCCAUUAUCUCAUUUAACAACUGAAUCUGUUCAACCUGCAAUACCGACAAAGAUAAAUGAUUCUCAACAGUUACCCUUUUCUCCAUCAGAAAAUAUAGCUGUCAAAAUUCAUUCGACAUCUUCGAAUUUGUCGGAUGUAUCAGAUGAAGAAACUAACGUCACCCCAUUUGUGCAAUCGAAACUGAAAACUCUCAAAGGUAGCAGUAGUGAUUCAGCGUCAACGGAUUCUAUGCAACAAUCGCCUUCAUCAACAUCAUUGAAUAUUCUAAAACGUGCAAAUACAUUAAAAGCAAAAUUUAGUUCAGCCAUAAAUAGAAUGUCUCUGCCAUUAUCAAACUCAACGACAACAACAGAUCAAAAAGUUGGAGACACCACCACCAACGAAGCAGCAGAAAAUACCAGUGAUACAUUUGGAUCAUAUACAGCCAAAGAGUGUGGGCUUCCAUUACAAUUAUUCAAAAGAAAUCAUUUGUUUCAUCCUUAUUUAAGUAUAAAUUCAUUGGAACAACUUUAUUCUCCCUUAGUACGUGGUUUUAUUGUUGGAGCAACAAAUAGUCUAUUCAAACAACGAGAUAAAUUAGAUGUUACAAUUGAAGAUGAUGCUACUAAAUUCGACAUACGUUCUCCUCUGCUACGUCAACAAUUACAGUUGACAACAGCUGAUCUUAGAUUUCAAGAAUUUAUUCUACAAAAUGUUUUACCGCAAGAACAAUCUCAACAACAGCAACAGCACAUCAUAACAGAGGCAAGUUGGGAAGGUAACGAUGAAUGGAUCCGCCUACAAUUUAAAGAUUACUUAAUAUCAUUAUUAGCUACAGUUAAAUCAAAUGAUGAUGAUCUAAUGAAUGAUUUUAAUCGUUCUUAUGUCGAAGCAUUCAGAUCAACUGAUGCUUAUAAACAAUGGUUAAAUCAAGAGCAGAAGAUAUUUGAAACAAUACCUGCAGGACAUUUGUUUGCUGGCCAGUUGAAUGUGCAAGAUGUUAAACUGCGUGUCUCACAUGCACUACAAGACACUGAAGCUGGCCGCAAACUGAAGGGUGCUGUAGUUGACACAUCUCAAUUCGUUAAUGAUACAUCGCGUGCAGCAACAAAAGCUCUUCAAUCAGCUAAAACAACAAUGACCACAUUUGUUGGAUCAUUUACCAAAAAUUGGUUCAAUAAACCGACGAAAACUAAUGAAACUACGGAUGCAGUCGAAGAACAAGGAAAAAUAGCUGAAUAA